GUUUUAUUUAUUCUCACUCAUUCCUGCACAAAACAACCGCGAAUGCACAAACACUUAAUCCCCAUAAUAUUCUUCUCUUUCACAAGAAACGUCAAACGCUUUCUCUCACUUCAUAAUUCGCCUUGUUUUUCGACCCACUCCUGCUCCUCAACCUCCAUCAAAUGGAGGGAACAACUCAACCGCGAAAACUUUAUCAGCACAAUCUCCUCCAUUUUGUUGCAGAGACAUUCUUGGGUCUCUAUCUUUAACCAGGUCAACCUCUCUGCUCAACUCACCCAUGACCUUGUGGCCCAAGUUCUCAGGAAAACCCUAAAUCACCCCCAAAUUUCCCUUGGUUUCUUCAAUUGGGCCAAGACCCAACAAAAGCUGUUGUCAUGAUGUGAGAUCUUACUGCCUCAUGAUCCAAAUACUAACAAGGUCAGGAGUCAUAGAACCGGCAAGGCCUCUUUUGUUUCACACAAUCCGUUUAUGGCCAGCUUCUUUGGUAUUCAGAACCAUGGUUGAAGCAUUUAGUUGCAGGAGUUCUUCAUCCUUAGCCCUUUCUCUGCUUUUAGAGGCUCAUUCCAGGAAGCGAAGGAGUACUGUCGCUAUUGAGGUAUUCAAGCUUAUGAAGAUUCAUGGUUACAUCCCUUAUGUGGAGUGUUACAAUGCAUUUUUUAAUUUAAUUCAUGAAUUGGGUGAAAUUAAAUUAGCUUGGGAAACUUUUGGAAUUAUGGUUCGGAGCCGAGUCGACUAACGAGGGAACCUUUCUACUGAUUUUCCGCCUAUUUCACAAAGAAGCGAAGGUGGCCAGGUCUCUUAAUUUGUUGCAGGGCAUGGAGGGUAAAUCAUAUAAGCCUGAUAUUGUUGUUUAUAACUUGAUUCUAGACGGUUACUGUAGAAAUGGGGAUUUUGUCAUUGCUUUUGAAGUUAUAGAGAGGAUUUAUGGUAAAGGUUUGGAGCCUGAUUUUGCAUCUUAUGGAUCAAUUCUUGAUGGGUCGUGCAGAUUUGGGAACAUGGGCACUGCUGUUCGAGUUCUUAGAAUUAUGCUAGAGAAGAGAUUGGUGCCAACUGUUGGGGGUGAAUUUAGCCCAAAUGAUUGCUUCACAUUAAACGAUAACAAUUGCAUAGUCGCAGCCAUUAGUUAUUUACACUAUGAUGCUUUCAUUCGCAAACUCUGUAAAUUAGGAAUGACCCAUGCUGCAGAAUUGGUUUUUGGGAUAGCCCGUAGUGCUCUGGUUCCCUUGCAAAACGCUUGUUAUAUUGCUUUAUUGAAGGCAUUUUCUAGAGAUAGAAGGAUUAAGGAAGCUGUGAGAAUGUAUUUUUUGCUACUGCAAAGAGAUAUAGCUAUGAAUAUUAGUGAAUGCAAUGUUCUCCUGAAUGCACUUUUCAAGGAAGAACCAUCAGAAGAAGUCAAUAAGGUAAUUAAAAGUGUGAUUGAAAAGGGAUUUUAUCCAGACCCUUUGGCUAUUUCUUCAUAUAUAUCUGCUCAGUGUAGCAAAGGUGGGUGGCAGGAAGCAAAUGAACUUUUGUGGGUCACGUUGGAAAGAGGAGUGAUGCCUGAUGGGUUUGUUUGGGGUUCAUUCAUCAGGCAUUACUGUGAAGAUGGCCAUCUUGAUUAUGCCCUGUCUUUGCAUGAAAAAUUUGCGAAAUCGGGAAAUGUUCUCAAUGCACCUUCUUACAACAUCCUUCUGAACCGGCUCUAUAAUGAAGGAAAAUUAGAGGAGGCAAGCGGGAUGUUUGAUUAUAUGAGAAAUAAAGAUGUGACGAGUAGUGCUAGUUUCAUGACUAUGAUAAGUUGGUUUUGUCGAGAAAAGAAAUUUAGCGAGGCCAGAAAGAUGCAUGAUGAAAUGUUGAAGAAGGGACUUAAGCCUGAUGAAGCUACUUACAAACGUCUCAUAUCUGGGUUUCCUUGACAAGGCAGUGGGCACCCUUUAUCUGGGUUUUCUUAACAAGGCAGGGGCACCCUUUGAUACCAUCUGGGUCUGCUAAAGGUGAAGAGAGGGGCUAAAACCUUGAUCCCCAUUGCAUAUUUUGAAAAGCGCACAACUUCAUGACCUUUAACCAGGAGGUGCGGAUUUGGAAAGAAUUGCUCAGUUGGUAUUUCUACUGAUUGGAUUCUGUGGAACUCAGAAAAUGAACCUUUAUUGUUAAUUGCAGAGAUCUGGAUCUAUCAAUAGGGUGCGAGCAUGUCAUGGCUUAUGAAUGAAGUUCCUACUCCACUCCCAGCAUCAGAAGCAGGCACAUGUGAUAUGACCCAACUUGUGGAAACAACGCUUGAGUAUCUGAAUAAAUCGUCCUACAUCCUUAGGGGACACUAUAACACAAUUUGGAAAUAAUUUUGUUGAGUUAUUGUUUGGUGGCCCAGGCAUGUCAUUGCUUUUUUGGAAUAUCUGCUGCCUCGUACCUCUUCAACUACAUCUGAUUGCCAUUUUCAGCACCCCCUUGAAAUUUUGACUUUGGGAAUUCCCUGAAAACCUAUAACCCUGGAACAUAGGAACCACGCUACCUUAGUGUGCCAUACCUAGUAGUCUAUAAUCCUUAGGAAAUCCUCAAAUCAUACCAAAGCCCACCCAAUAACUAAAUCUUACCAGAUUCUGUCCGGUCUUAUCGAGAUCAACACAAAAAAAUCCAAAAAUUGCUACAAUCAAACCCCAAGAUGCGUCAAAAUUGGACCAUGCCAUCUACGUUGGAUUCAGCAGGGUUCCCUGCGCCAGUCAGGGGUUGAUCUAAUCUAGCAAUGCAGGGUGCUUCGUUAGACCCGAUAGGUUCAACAAUGCGUUUGGCAUUGCUGCCCUCUUCUGUCUUUAGAGUUCUUUUAGAAAGUUCGAGAAGAUUAUGGAGGUUCUAAAGGGUAAUUUGAUCAUCUUGGACAUAGUUUUGACUCCGGAUUUGGCCCAAUCUUAAUCCAUCAAACCUAAUCUGAAUUGAGUUAGAACUCAAAAGAUAAGCCUAGGAUUCGUAAUCUUCAAGGAAUAUUCCCCGAAUCAAAGCCUCUAUAAAAUCCUCUAACCCUCUUACCCUCCAUAAAACACAACCUAAAAUCAUAGAAAAUUCUUGGGAAAAAUAACCUAAAAAUUCCUAGAAAAUCUUAGCAACAUACUUAGAAAUUAGGAAUCUAAAAAUCAUAGGAAAACUCUUAGAAAAUUAUUGACUAGAAACCCUAAAACUAGGAAAACCUAGAAAACCCUAUAAGACUCAACCCAAGCCAAAAUCCUAGUUCUCUACCAUCAGGAUUCUCUACAAUUUCCAAAAGCCUUAAAUCAAAAACCCCUUUUAAGCCAGAUUCUUCAAGAAAGAGAAAGAAGGCACAAAGGUGUAAGUGAACCCGCAGUCCCUAUACAGGCUUCAACUCUGGGUUUCUAGUGUCCCCAAGUAAGUUUUCCUUUCUUUAAUUUCCUUAGUUUACUUUGAGUUUAUUUUCUAGUUUAUUUCUUUUCUUUUCCUGUUUUCUUGGUUUCUUUCUUUCGUGUUUUGCGUGAUUUCAAGCUGGCAGUUCUCAGGGAGAGCUGAUAUUUUGAGAUCAGGAUUUGUAUUUGAACCUUAAUUCGACGGACUCCACAUUCUCCACUGAAAUUUAAUUGUUUAAGUUGAAAGCACGAAUCAGAGAGAGUUUAAUUUGAAAUUCUCAGAGAGUUUGGCUGUAUACAGGUAAAUACAAGGAAUCAAACAAAGUAAUAAAUAAAAACAUCUGCACUUGUACUCAUGCCGGAUUGCCUAUGUUUAGGUGCAAGACACAUGCAGAGCCAUUACAACACAUAAACAUGCACUUCUAAUAUAUUAACUUCAAUGACUUGGUGACUUAACCAGUCAAAGUCUUUUUACUUAAAUUGGUGUUAUGUACAGAAUCUUAUUUUUGCUAACUCUGGUUCAUUUUAAAGGUUCUGAACUUCGAAGUAAAAUUGUAUACACCUUUUUAUGUGAGUUAUUUGGUUACAGUAUAUUCAAUGCUAUGACUUUGCUGAUUAUGUGAACUUCUGAAACAGGAUCUCUCUUUGUUUGGUUGCAUAUAUUUUAUCCUAUUCGUGCUUUAUUUUUUUAAGGUAUUUAUCCUAUACAUGGUUAAAAGUAAUGCUUUACAUCCACUAGUUUUUUAGUUCUCUUGAUUGAAAAUAAUACAAUUUUACCAUGGAUGCAUUGCCUUAUUUUUACUCCAUUGUAUGAUACCAUACUCAAUAAUAAAUUGGAGUCAAGAUCCUUUUUAUUUGUGUGUGCAUGCACUUGCUUAUGUGUGUGUGUUUUAUGUACAUUUACAUGUACACACACACGCACAUAUAAAUUCAUGUAUGCGUAUUAUGCAUAUGAAUAUGGUUUGAGUAAGUGGUCCCCAUUUCUGUGUGUGUGUGUGCGUGGGCAUGUGUGGGUGCGUGCCUGCAUGUGACUUAUGUAUUGAAUAUGUAUACGUGUGGGUAUCAUUAUUUCUUAUGGUGUUUGUUUUUCUGUCUAUAAACAUCCUAUACAGGGUUACUUUGUCAUUUCUACAUGUGAAUUUGGAAUAUGAAUCUUAUAUCACUUCAUAAGAAAUAUUAUUUUUCUUAUUGCUAAUACAAAAUGACACAAUUUCUCUUUCAAACUCUUUUAAUAUGACUUGAUGAAUUCUUCCACUGGGGAGUCCUCCACAAAGCCAUAAAUGCCACUUUCAUAGCCUUAGUCCCCAAGGUCAAAGGGGUGGAGAAACUAAAGGACUUUUGUCCAAUCAGCUUGCUCAAUUCCUCCUACAAAAUUCUGGCCAAGGUUCUGGCCUCAAGGCUACAACAAGUCCUUCCUUUAAUCAUCUUACCGUCACAGACAGUUUUCAUCAAAGAUAGGCAAAUCCUAGACAGAGCUUUAGUAGCACACGAGUGCAUUCACUCAAGGUACAUGUCCAAGAAGCUUGGUCUUAUCUUCAAGAUAGACUGGGAGAAAGUGUACGACCAUGUUAAUUGGUCGAUUCUUGACAAUUCAAUGGCUAGAAUGGGAUUCCGGGACCUAUGGAGAAAGUGGAUGAGAGUAUGUUACUCUCAUCCUCACUUUUCGAUUCUCAUCAAUGGAACCCCUAAAGGUUUCUUCCCAUCCUCGAGGGGGUUGCGCCAAGGGGAUCCUCUCUCCUCUUUUCUGUUCGCCAUUACAGCAGAAGUCUUCAAUUGUUCAAUGUCUCAUUUAUACCAGGAAGGUCUCCUCACUGGAUUCAAGAGCCGUCCCCAAGGCCCAUAGUGUCUCAUCUGCAAUAUGCAAAUGACACUUUGGUGUUCCUUGAGGCCUCUCUAGUAGAAAUUGAUAAUCUGAGGCUCUAUCUCAAAGGCUUCCAAGUGGUUACACGAUUCAAAGUUAACAUGGAAAAAUCAAAGAUGAUGGGAGUGGCACUCACGGAUGCUGAAAUCAGAGCACUUAUUCCAAAUUGGGGAUGCAAAGUGGAGGAACUUCCCACAACAUACCUUGGUUUACCCUUGGGAUUGGGGAAACCAAAAAAGAGACAGUGGUCUCACGUGAUUGAUAAGGUUGACAAGGGUCUGGCAGGGUGGGAAGGGAGAUACCUCUCCAUGGCUGGCCAUACCACCUUGAUAAAAACAACCUUGGCAAAUGCUCCGAUCUACCUCAUGUCUCUCUUGCACAUGCCAACCUUGGUAGCCAACUGCCUUGAACAACUUAUGAGGAAUUUCCUCUGGUUAGGAUAGGCCGAGAGAACCAAAUAGCACUUAAUACCUUGAGACAAGAUUUUCUUACCCAAACACCAAGGAGGGCUAGGGAUUAGGACCCUUAUAAAACAUAACCUGAUCCUCCUAGGGAUAUGGUGGUGGCGCCUAGCCACUCAAACAGAUUCCCUCUGGGCUCAAGUUGUACGCAACAAAUAUAGGAUUUCUGAAGAAGUUUGGGUGACUGAGAGGAGGCAGCAUAGUAGAGCUUUAGGAGCGUAGAAGUUGUUCACCUCCUCCUUCUCACAGUUCAAUAAAUUCAUCAGAUUCCAUCCAAGAGAAGGAACAAGAGUGCGCUUCUGGUCAGAUCUCUGGUUAGGACAUAUCCCCCUAAGGAAACUUUUUCCGUCCCUUUCCUCUCUUCUCUCCAACAAAGACUCUACCAUUGCAGAUGAAAUGGUACUGUCAGGAGGCCGAGAGUCUGGGACCCCUCAUUUAGAAAAAACCUCUCAGACGAGGAAACCAGCCACUUCCUAUCACUAUCGACAGUUUUACAUUCCAUCUUCACCUCUUCACAAAGGAGGGACUCCAUGGUAUGGAUUCUAGCCCCCUUUGGUACGUUCUCGGUGGCCGCAUCGCCUCAUAUUCGGCCGCAUCAGGCAUAAUGUGCUGGGUAUCACAUUGCAAAUGCCCGCAUAUACUCUCUGGAGAGAUGCGUUCGCAUAUGCACCACAUCUCUCGGCUGCAUCCCGCAAAGGGCACAUAAUCCCUCAUAUGCGGUUUGACAAUUUUAUGAAAAUGAACCCCUCAGGCAGGGGUAUUUAGGACUUUUUGACCCUCGAAAAGGGGGGGUAGUAAACCCCCAAACUUCAUUUUUCAGCUACAUCCCUGGCUUUUUUUGGAUU